GUUUUGCCUCUUUCUCUCUUUCUCUCCUGAGCUGAGACACAGAGAGAGAGAGAGAGAGAGAGAGAGAGAGAGAGUUGAAACAGAAGAGCAUUCCGCUCACACUCAUAUGCUUCUGCCCUGCGGUGAAGUUGACAGAUGCUGCCCAAGACAAACAGAAGCCUUUCCUGACAUAUAAAUGUGUUUCCCUACGGUGAAACUUACAUUGCUGCCAGGAUGUCCUCCAUAGAUCCUUAUCAGUACAUUAUAGUUGAGCAUCAAUAUUCUCACAGGUUCAAAGUGACUGUGGUGAGAGCCGAAAGUGUCACUAAAGGAGCGCUCGGGGACUUGCUGGACACACCGGACCCAUAUGUAGAGCUGUCCAUUCCCACUGCUCCCGAGUCGAGAAAAAGAACACGGCACAUCGACAAUGACAUCAAUCCGAAGUGGAACGAAACAUUCGAGUUCCUUCUGGACCCUCAGCUGGACAAUGUGCUGGAGAUUACAUUAAUGGAUGCCAAUUAUGUCAUGGAUGAAACUCUGGGCACAGCUACAUUUUCAGUCAACAAUCUAAAAAUAGGACAUCUAGAGAUGGUGACUCUGUCUAUCGGCAAGACCAUGAAAGUGCACCUGGAGUUGUUAUUGGAAGUCUGUUCGUCCACAGACCUGCGCUUCAGUAUGGCUCUGUGUGAUAAGGAGAAGAUGUUCAGAGAGACACGUAGGGACAGAGUCAUGCUGGGCAUCAAAAAAUUCCUAAACAUGGAAAACCCACGCUUCCUACCCACCUCACAGAAUGAGGUUCCCACCAUCGCUAUAGUGGGAUCAGGGGGGGGUUUCCGAGCCAUGGUGGGCUUCUCUGGGGUGAUGAAGGCUCUUUAUGAGUCUGGAGUGUUGGACUGUGCUACUUAUGUGGCAGGACUUUCUGGCUCAACAUGGUACAUGUCUAUGCUGUACUCACACCCAGAGUUUCCAGAGAAAGGCCCCCGAGACAUCAAUCAGGAACUGAUGAAGAGUGUGAGCAGCAGUCCACUCAAACUGCUAAUGCCACAGCACAUUAAACGCUACAUUAAAGCUCUGUGGAAGAAGAAAGCAAGUGGCCAGCCUGUCACUUUCACCGACAUCUUCGGUAUGCUCAUCGGAGAAACGCUUAUACCGGGGCGGAUGGACACAACACUGAGCACCUUGCAGGACAAGGUGAAUCAUGGGCAAUGUCCUCUGCCUUUGUUCACCUGCCUGCACGUCAAACCCAACGUUUCCGAGCUCAUGUUCGCCGACUGGGUGGAAUUUAGUCCUUAUGAGAUUGGCAUGGCAAAAUAUGGCACUUUCAUGGCCCCUGAGCUGUUUGGCAGCAAGUUCUUCAUGGGCAGCGUUGUGAAAAAGUAUGAUGAGAACCCACUUCACUUCCUAAUGGGUGUAUGGGGCAGUGCAUUCUCCAUCCUGUUUAAUCGAGUCAUUGGAGUGAAGGAGACAGCUGGAUGCAGCAGCACUAUGGAGGAGGAGCUGGAGCAAAUUAAACCUGAGCACAUUCUUGGAAAUGACACAACCGAUAAUGAAGAGGAACUACGCAGGAUGGGUACAGAGUCUUCCGAGGCGGAGGAGGAGCGGCAGCGUAAUGCUCAGGCCAGCUGGGUGCAGCGGAUGUUCACCUCUAUAGUGGGCGACACGGUGCUGUUUAACACACGUGAAGGUCGGGCAGGAAAAGUACACAACUUCAUGCUGGGCCUGAACCUAAACUCUAUGCCUUUCACACCCCGCCAUCCCUUCCAGACACAGCUCUCUGUUGAGGACGAGGUGGACGCAGUCACAGAUCCGAAUGAGUUUGUUCACAUUUAUGAGCCUCUGGAUGUAAGGAGUAAGAAGAUUCAUGUGGUGGACAGUGGUCUGACCUUUAACCUGCCCUACCCCAUAAUCCUGCGACCCCAGCGUGGCGUUGACCUCAUCAUAUCUUUUGAUUUCUCAGCAAGACCAAGUGAUUCCAGUCCUCCCUUUAAGGAGCUUUUAUUAGCUGAGAAAUGGGCUCGCAUGAACAAGUUGCCUUUCCCCAAGAUUGAUGUGAAGGUGUUCGAUCGUGAGGGUCUGCAAGAGUGUUACGUGUUCAAGCCCAGGCCAGAAGACAAACAAUGCCCUACAGUUAUUCACUUCGUUCUGGCCAACAUCCACUUCAGGGAGUUCAAGGCUCCAGGAGUUCCCAGGGAGACAGAUAAGGAGAAGGAGUUUGCUGACUUUGACAUAUUUGACGAUCCUGAAACCCCGUAUUCCACAUUCAACUUCCAGUACUCAAACCAGGCCUACAAACAGCUGCAUGACCUCAUGGAGUUCAACACACUCAACAACAUCGAGCUCAUAAAAGACGCCAUCAAAGACAGCAUUCUCCAGAGGCGGAUGAACCCGUCACGCUGCAACGUCUCUCUUUCACUCAGUGAGAUUGAAAACAAGAAGUUCCUGAAACGUGGCACUGGUAGUGUAAAAAAGGACACGCCUAAAAGAUAAACACAAUGAGUGGAUAAAUCACAGUCUUCACUUCCUGAGAGUUUGGAUGUCAUUUCAAAGUUUGUUGGAGUCUUACGUUAAAAUGAAAAUAUGUUAAAAACAGAAACUGGAUACUACAUUAAGGCACAAUAUGUGAAGGGUGUUUUAUGAACUUUUUCAACUCCUUUAGCUUGUGCUGUUAUAGUUUACAUGAUCUUGUACAUUUUCCUACUUCUUUAAAGGUUUUAAUAGUCAUUGAAAAAAGGACAGAUUGUGUUGCCUGUGCACAUUUGUGUGAACAGACUCAACACACAGACUGGAUUUGAACAGGAUACGCCAUUACAGUGUCCUAACCCACUGUCCAAAACCACACCAUAUUCUCAAGGUAGUACAAACAAAGUGCCCACCCAAAAGAAAACCCACAGUGCACUCUGGUAUUACUUACAUAUAGAUAUCUGUAAUGCACAAUGGAGAUUGGCUUCAAUUUGUAUUUUAUGAAGAUCCUUUCUUUCAAGAUGUCUUCCAAGUAUGGAUAUGGUUUAUUUUUUUUAAAUAGCUAAAGAAUACUGUAUAUUGUCUACAACGCACUGACAUCGGUUUACAAUUACUCAAAUAUUUCAGUAUGAAAUAUUGCAAAACAUUUUAACUAAUACAGUUAAAGGUCAUUUAUUUAGAAAUUGUGCAUCCUGAUAGUUUUAUCUGGUCAAUGUUUUAUGACAAAACGUUUAUUUAUACCUUGUCUAAGUCUAAAACCCUUUCUAUGUUGUUUUUUUAUUUUUUAUUAUGAUAACUCCGGAGCUAGGCUGUGCAGUUUGCAGUUGUUUUAAGACAUCAUGCUGAUUCACUCCCACACUUAACAUUUGUUUUUUUAAAGCUCCAUAAUGUAGAUUUUAAAUUAUCAAAAGAUAAAAUUGCACAGAAGCACAUUCCAGCCUGCCUGAAAGUGUUGGCAUGAUGUGACAUGUUGCCUACACAUUGAAAUCCAAAAGCCUUCUAUCUGAUCAAUUUUCUUUCUGUAAGAUAAUUUCUUCAUACUUGUAAACUGUACUUUGGAAAGUGGUCACACUGAAAGCGUGGAUGAGACGUUAUGACUAUGACCAGUUCCAUCAGUAGUUUUUUUUUUUCUUUGUAUUUUUAUUAUUAUUAUUAUUAUUAUUAUUAUUAUUAUUAUUAUUAUUAUUAAUAUAUGUGUAAUUCAUGUGUCAAUUUCUGUGUAACUCUGAACUGCAGAUCAGUCUUGAAAAUAAAUAUUUCUGAAUUUUU